AUGGAGGCAACUCGCCCUCAACGACAGAGCAGUAAGCUGCCAUUUGAAGGACCAGGAGCAGAAUUUGUUGAUACCCUUUUCUGUGGUCAUAGUAUCCCGAACAGCGGCCAAGCCAAUGGAGCUAGCACAAGAAAACUUUUGAAGUCAAAAGCCGACCACAAAGAAAAGCGCUAUCUUCCCGGGCAGCCCCGGAUCCGGCUCGAAGUUGACGAGAAUGCCAGACGAAGCACAAAUGAUGACCCGCAGACAAAGUUGUACAAAUACCUCAAAAACUCUCAUAGUACCAAACACCUCGAUGGCCUUUUGCCAUUCACACGAUUCAUCUUCGUCCAGACGCCAUCAUACGACCAUAUUAUGCCUUUGCAUCAUCAAACAUCACACGCUCGAGAGAUCAAAGUUGAUGAGCACCCUGGCUUGCAUCUGGUGUGGUAUUACAACAUGGUUUUUAUCAAGCCAGUUCCUCUUUACUUCUUUUCGAAAGCUUUCUGGGAAUACCUGAGAGACCUCGAGGACGAUAAAUAUCUCUAUCAUGCUUGCCUUGGCUUCAUGCGCAGCUACUACUAUCUCAUCCAAUACGAGAUUGAUUACACCCUGGCUUGCGAAAAACAUUUGAUACCCUUGAUUUCCACUCCAGACGGACGAAGCAGACAUCCGACCUACGAGGAGUGGUGCGAGUUCAUCGCCCCGUUUGGCGAGGUUGGCGAUGACGAGGUGACUCGCCGAUAUCACUAUGGCGAACUUCGACUGACACGCAUCAACAAUGCUGCUAUGAUGACAUUCCGCAGUCUGGCCUAUUAUCAUAUCUACCCUCAAUGGGGUGACUUCCUAAAGCAUAUGUUGGCCCCCCUUCUCACCAUAUUCGCAGUGUGCUCUGUCGUCCUUGGCUGCAUGCAAGUUGGUUUGGCUGCGCUCGAAGUCGACAAAGAAAUAAAUGACAGCGUACCGAAUGGCGCCUGGUCAAGAUUCCUUGGAGUAUCGCUUUGGUUCUCCAUUAUCGUUAUGGUUAUCAUUGCCGUGGUGCUCUUUGUGGCAUUGGUUGGCCUGAUUUGGAUGGCUGUUCACGACGUUUUUCGUGGCAACGAAGUGAGGCAGAAGAGGAAGCGACAGGAGCGUAAAGAGCACGAUAUAGAAGAGAAACCAAGUCACGGCUUAAUCUGGUAG